UGCGUGAAUCAACAAUAUCACCAAAACAUUACUGCUUACAGUUUAGCUAAGCAAGCCUGCUACUUACUUUGGCACGUUAAUUUGAAUAAUAAUUUGACUAUUCCUAUACAAUGGUUACAGCUAAUAAGCAAAAAUGAACAAUGAAACUGUUUUUGAAACAAUUGAAGAGGUCAAUAAGCAUAUAUCACACGUCGAAGAAGCAACCUGUGUGAAAUAUAUUUCAUACCGUGUGCAGAAGCGCUUCAAUGACCAAGGCUGGAAACCUCAGGACCACAAGAUCAGGCUGUACUGGGAAUGGAAGUACGGCAAGGGUACUCCCUGUAUCCCAUUUGAUGGUAUACCCUUCAUGUUCAUCGGACACAAGCUGAUGGGAUGCCACCGUGGGCGGGGAAAGUGUGGAGUCAAGAAGAGGCAAUAUCUUCAGGCUCAAAGGGAAAAAGAUGGCAAGUCAAAAAGAAACCUGUUGCUGAAAACCAAGAAGGUAGCAUGUCCCGCUGUAGUCACAAUCAGCCGGAUUGUCAAGUUCCCUGGAUUUAAGUUGGAGAAGGACACAUCACGGUUGAGGAGAGUCAUGUCUAUUUCCAUCAAACAAGCUCUCCAGACUGACCCGGCCUCUGUCCAGUGGAAGAUGCUGUAUUUCCUCAAAAUACCCAGUGUCAGUGACCACAAGGGCCAUCCCAUAGGAGAGGGUGCUGAUGAAAUGGAUGAGCGGGUCAAAUGUUACAUACGAACCCUGGUCCAGCAGGGGGUGCGGAGGGUGAAGGAGGUGAAAAACCACAUGCUCCAGUACGUGCGGACCGAGCUGUUCCGAGACACAACCCCUCCGCCGCUUAGGUGCUUCUUCCCCACAGAGAAAACCAUCCAGGCAACUGUGGCUCAGGUCCUGGCAGAGGAACACUACAGCAAAAUAGACCUCGUCAACCUGCUGACACUGGCAGAGAAUUGGAAGGCGGACGCUCCUAGAACCAACUUUCUGCUGAGGGUCCAAUGGGAGAGCAAGAACCUGCUGCUGUGCUACCAGACCGACUGGCAGCGUCAGCUGAUCCGGCAGUACGGCAGAGAAGUGUGCUUCCUGGACGCGGCCUACAAGAGGACGCGCUUCCCCCUGCCCCUCUACUUCCUGUGUGUGCGUACCAAUGUGAGCUUGGUGCCUGUCGGCCUGUUCGUUGUGCAGUGCAAGAGUGUCGAAACCCUGGGGGAGGCGCUGGGGGUGUUCCGGCAGUGGAACCGGGGCUGGAGCCCCACUCACGUUCUCACGGAACACUGCCCGGUGGAGAUCAAGGCGGUGGAGGCUACAUUCACAGGAGCUCAGGCCGUCUUUAGCGAUCAUCUGCGGGAGAGAACCUGGACCAAAUGGCUGAGCAAUCGCUCCAGAGCGAUCGCAAACCCACAGGGGAUCUUCUCCAUGAUGAAGUCCAUAGCCGAAGCCCUGACCAAAGAGCAACACCUGGGGGCAGUAGAACGCCUACAGCAGAGCCUCAUCUGGCAGGAGAAGAGACAACUCUUCAAGAACUGGUUCACUAAUAAGUGGCUGACAGAGGAGAAGAGAUGGGCGAACGCCGUGAGGGCUGACAUUGUCAACUUUGUCUCUAUGGUGAAUGGUGGUCUGGAGAUGCAGAGCAAGUUUUUUACACACAACGACAUGAAGGUCCAUAAAAAGGACACCCUGAGCCAAAUGUUGCAAUUUAUUGUUGACAGCUACUUCCCACAGAUGCACCAAAGGUACAUGGACCUCAACAGCCAGUCCUGCAGGGAUUAUAGCUCGGACCCCGCCGUGCCUCCCUUCCUGUGGGACCGUCCCUGGAGCGUUGUGGCCCAUGUGAUGGACAGCAUGUCCGCUGCCGAGCAUGACUCCGACGUCAUGGUGGAACAGGCCACCGACGCCGGCACCUUCAGGGUGAAGAGCCGGAACCAGGCCGCGUCAGGGGAGUCCUACGUGGUCAGCUUCGGGUCAGAGUCCGCCUGGCCCGGCUGUGAGUGUCGGGCGUGGGGGAACCAGCGCCUGCCCUGCAAACACUUCUGUCACGUCUUCAAGUCUGAGCCCAGCUGGACCUGGGAGCACCUAUGUCCCAAAUAUAGGGACCACCCACUGCUCAAGCUGCUUUUACACACAGAAGACAUCACCACCACAAAGGAGGAGAUGGAGGAAUCCCUCGAUGGCCUGUUGCAUCUCUCCCCUGCUUUCCCAGGCUCCUGCUGUGAAUGGGAGGGGCCUGAAGAAACACUGCCUCCUCAAACUUCACAGCUUCAACAGCUUCCACAGGCCUCGCUGGGUCCACAGGAGAGAGGAGAACUGCAGAGGGAGUGUGUGGCCAAACUCACGUCAAUAAUGGACAACGUGGGCCACAUCAAGGACACUGACUUCCUACAGGAGCUCAAGCAAAAACUGGACAUUCUGCAGGCUCAGAGUGAGACCAUGAUGGCUCAAAAGGACCCUAGCACCCAGACAGUACCCACCAACCAGGGGAAGAGAAGGAUGGGGGGGGUGGAGAUUAUUGUGGCCAUGCCCAAACGCAUUAAAGUGCUCUCCCAGAUUGACGUGGAAAAUGUUCCGAAAUAGCAGUACACUUUUGGGGAAUGAGAGGAAAAAUAAAGAGUUAAUUUAUGUUGUUCAUAAUA